GCCAAAAAUAAAAAUACAGAAAGAUUUACAAAAAAUUGGAUGAUGAAAUUUGAAGAAUUUCGUACUAGCUCUGGAUAUUUAACCCCUUUAACAAACUUAGAUGAUGUAAGACAAAUCGAAAAAAAAAUUGUUGAAUACAUUUCAGGCAUGAAAAAAAAAGAUGAUAAUGAUUAUAGAGCAAAUUCUAUUAAACAAGCAGUAGAUGCGAUUAGCAGAUUUUUACUUUAUAAUUCACCAAUUCAAGUUAAUUUACAUGAUCAAUAUUUAUUUCUGGAUUUGUAUACUGUUUUACAUAAAAAAAUGCGUGAUCUUCAAGAACAUGGAUUUGGUGAAAUCAAGAGAUCAAUUGCUUUAAAUUCACAACAAAUUCAAGAAAUUUUACAACACUCUAGAAUUGAUCGUAGCAAUCCAGUAAAUCUAUUAUAUCAUAUUUUUAUAUAUUUAUCAAUUCUUCUUGCAAUGCAUGGUGGUGAACACUAUCAACUUAAGGUUGAUCAGUUUAAAAUUGAUAAGCAUGAUACUGUUGGACUAUGCAAUGAUAUAAAAUUCUAUUUGUCAAAACGACCUUCUGUAGCUGAUCCAGAAUUUUAUUUGCAACCAAGUUCUGACUGGAUAGAAUCGGGUAAUUGGUAUAAAAAGAAUCAUGUAGGAAAAAAUAAAUUAAUGAAUUUCAUGUGUGAAAUUGGACGUAUAACACAGAUCGAUAUCCCUAUGGAGUUACUUACAAACCAUUCUGGGCAAAAAACUGCUGCUCAAUGUUUACAAGAUAAUAAUAUUCCAGAACAGGCAAUUAUGCAACUCACAGGACAUAGGAGCGUUCAAGGAAGUCAUGCUUACAAGCAAGUUAAUAAGGAUCAACAACUUAAUACUUUAAAUACUUUGAUCAAUAUUACAGAUAGUUUUGCAAAUGAUAACAAUACUAACAAUAAUAAUUCAAGUUCACGAAAUCCUCUACAAGAAAUUACACACAACAUGAAUUUUUCAGAAAAUAAUUUUAAUUCUAGCAAUAAAAAAUUCUUCAAAAUGCCAAUUUUUAAUAAUUGUUAUUUUAUGAAUAUUACAUUUAAUAUUCAAAAAUAG